AUCAAAUCAGUUUGGGACUUGCUGAAAACUGUGAACCAGGAGCUGCAGAAAAACUUGGACAAGAUGAUUCACGAAUUUUAUAACAAUGAGUUGGAUCGACUUUCCACCCAAAUUGCACCACUGAUUGUUAUUGAGGGAGAGUAUCGAGAGGAUGAGCGUUCUGGAGUUUCAUAUGAUUUACACAUGCGAGAGGAUAAUUUAAAAAUGAUUGAAUAUAAUCUUUUAUCAAUACAUAGUUUAAUGUAUUCAUCAAGACUAAUGAAUAAUUAUUGUGGUUUCAAUAUUCAUACAAAAUGUAUAGGAAAUAAUAGAACUCCAAUCUCAACUAUUUUGCCAGAUUACUGGAAUGAUGGCUCCAUUUUCCCAGAAGAAGACGAUUCACCAGUGGCACUUGAUGAGUUGCAGUAUGAUGUGACUCUAGAUGGAUACUAUGAAAUUUUUGAUUCAUUUGGAAGAAUGCCAAUUAUUAAUUUUUCUCUCAGACCAUCAGAAGGGGAAGAAGAAGCAUUGGAGCAAGAGAGAAACAUCAUCAGAGAACAACAAGAAAAACUGGAGAGAGCUGCCAUAGAAUUCGACAAUAUAUAUAACAGUCAAAUGGAGAUUGCAAAUUGUUUAAAAAAGGAUGAUGAUGAUGUUGUAUUUAUAGAAGAAAUAAUUUCUGUUAAUGAUGAUGAUAAUAAUAAUAAUAAUUGGCAUAAUGAUUGUACAAUACUCGAAUGA